AUGUCUUGGUCUUCGAUUGGUCCCUAUUUUCUGCAAAGGUCUUACCUGCCACUCCUCUCAACUGGCAGGUACCGCCAGGCCCGUUGUGUUAAGUGGCCAACUGGCCGAUUUCCAGUUGGUCGUCUAUGCAAUCCCAAGGAGUCCCCAACUUGCAAUGACCCUCAUUUGAGAGUGAAUCUGCCCCACCGGCCACUUGGUGCUUUGGGCACAAAAGUUGGCUAUACACACAAUAUGGUGGAGUCUCUUCUUCAUUUCGUCGUGGCCAAGCCAAGUUUGCUGACCGGCCGACGGACUGCUGGCUUUCAAGUUGGCUGA